GGUAUAAGUGCAAGACCUGUUAAUGAAGAUUUGAUCAGGCUCAGUACAUACUGUGAAAAGUGGAGACUGAAAGUAAACAACACCAAGGCAGUAUACACGGUCUUCACUAAAAAGCCCCAAGGUAGCCAAACAGAACAUUACACUAUUCCUAAAAGGUAGCCAAACAGCACAUUACACUAUCCCUACAAGGCACCAUACCCCAAAAAGAAGACAACCCAAUAUAUCUAGGUCUCCAGUUA